UUUGUAGUUUGCGACGGAUAAAUUCUGAUUCUUUCCACAAUCUUUUGGAUCAGCUUUCACCAAAAAAAUAUUUCAUUGAUAAAUUAACAAAUUGCCUGCCCGUGCAUGUUAGCAAACCACUUUUGGAUAAACACUCAAUUAAAAUGGCUGAAGUUUUUUCUUUUGGAAGCGCUUUUGCACGUAACCAUCAAUUGCAAGAUAAUUUUUUUCUUAUUGAUGAUGAUACUUUUUUGAAUUUUGUAAAUACGUUGUCAGCCUAUCCAAAUGUGUCGAGAAAGUUUUUUGGUAUUUCACAAUGUAGAAUUACUCAAGAAUUUAUUCAAAAAUAUGCAAAGGUUUGUAAAUUUUUUUAUUAAAGGAGGUCUGACUAUUAAUUACAUAUUUGUGACCGAAAAAACAUUAUGUGGUGAAAUCCCACCCAAAUAUCACUUAAUGAAAGACUGUCGGACUUGGCUCACUAUUUAACUUAUAGUUAGGGGUAAGGUCCGUUCUUGGGAAAUCUUCGGAUCCCUGGGGUCGAACCGAAAAUCGUCUGUUCUUCCAAUUGUUAACCAAGCUGUAUUGAGUAAUAAGGAUAUAUUAUAGGAUGCUCGACUGUUUUUUUUUCAUAAAAUAUCACAUUAAAAAUAUAUUUUCUAAUUUUAGCUUGUCGCACAAAUCAAAAGAAAUAAUUUGGUUGAUAAUCAACAUGUACAUGAUAAUAAAAAUUUUUGGUUGUUUAAACAUGUAGUUUUUGGAAAUUUAAAUUAUAAAGUUGAUUUUUAAAAUUUUGUUUUCUUUUUUUUUAUCAGUUAAUCUCGACAUAUUUAUUUUUUAAAUUUAAUUUUAUUUUAAUUUUGUUCAUAGAAAAUUUAUUUUGGAAAAUGGAUGAGUACGGAAUUGAGGAAUUGUAUAAUGGAGUUAUAAAUGAUGUUAUCAAUCAAGUACGUCCAGCAUUUUCUGAUGAUGGCGUUGAUAUUGAAAUUUUGCGACAUUUGAAGAAGGCGUGGGAAGAGAGGCUUCAAACUGCUAAUGAAUGGUCAGGAUGUAGUGCGUCAGAGUCUAAGAGUCAUACCGGAACUGAAAUUUCACAGUUGGAUGGUGGAGGUCCAACUAUGGAUGACAGCUCUUCUGAAGAAGAGGAAGUGGUUGAAUCAACCGAAACUAAAGAGCAUUUGAAAGAAACUGAUGCAAACAAAAGUUCUGGCGAUGAAGAAGAACCGCCUCUAAAUUCGGAUGAUGAUGGAGAAGAUGAAAAUGCUGAAACAAUUUUUGAGACGGACAAUAUAGUUCGAACUCGAAAGAUGUGGAAGUUUCAUUUGAAAGAAGGGAUUAUGACUAUUCGAGGAAAAGAAUUUUGCUUUCGACGAUGUAAUGGAGAUGCUGAAUGGUAGAGAAAACUGUUGAGAGAAUAAAUUGUUUAAAAACCGCUUUUAAUUUUAUGUAAGAUCUCUUUUAUGUUAAAAAGGUUUGGGAUUUCUUUUUUUGAUUUAUAAAUUUUCUCUUUUCCUUUUUUGUUGAUUUGACUGUUGAUUCGUCAUAUACCGGACUGCGCCUUAAUGCCAAAAGGCUGUAAUGCCAUCCCCGCAGAGCUGGCGAAAUGUCAA